AUGUACAUCACUCUCUACUUCCUCACGACCCGCCUCCCUGACUCUCUUCGCACUGCUCGAGACUACUUUCUCUACCUAGACCCCUCUGAGCUCACCCUUGCCUCGUUUGAGACUCGUCUCCUUGAGGCUGAAACUAGUGCCUACGCUGUAGCUGCCCCCCGUGGUACUCCCAGCUCCUCCUUCUUUGAGGGGUGCUCCCCUUCCCUUCUAGUGCCUUCUGUCGUCGCCACUACUUCCUUGGUGCUGAGGAGGUCGGUGUUGCGUCUGCCCCUGGUGGGAGGCGCCGCGGCAAGGGUGCACGUACUAGGGGUGGGGGCGGUGGGGGUGGUGGAGGUGGUGGUGGCGCUGGCGGUGGUGGGGUUGGUGGCAGUGGCGGUGGUGGGGGUGGUGGAGGUGGUGGUGGCGGUGGAGGUGGCGGGGGUGGUGGAGCCAGUGGGGGUGGUGGGGUGGUACGUCUACCCGAGGGGCUACAUCUAG